GAGCGGGCCGCGGUUGUACGAUGGUCUGAAUGACUCAAGAUGAGGCACUAUUCCAUAUUGGGCGAUAUAGCUUGCCAUUUAUCCGACUCUUCUUUCUUUCUUCUCCGUGUUUUCUUUAUUUCGGUGUCACGAGGUCAUAAGUAGCUACAACUGCGCAUCGAGAACGCUGGGAUUGAUAUUCCCAGCUUCAUCUGACAAGAUGACUGCAUCCAGUACAUCCUCUCAACCUCGUAUCACGGACAACCAUCAAUUCUAAUCAUGAUUUCAACAGAAAAUGACCGCGAAUUCGUCUGCAGCAAAAGCGAGACUGACGUCGAAGAGCCAUCCGCCAUCAACGACUUCCCGCAACUCACCACAACCACAGAGCGCAAAUUGAUGGCCAAGGUGGAUUUGCACAUUCUCCCUUUUCUGUGUGUGUUGUAUCUGAUGGCUUUUCUUGACCGGGUGAAUAUCAGUAAUGCGGUGCUUUUUGGGCUCGAAGAGGACCUCCAUAUUACGAGCGGAACGAAGUAUAAUACCGCGUUGACAAUCUUUUUUGUUCCGUAUAUUAUUUUUGAGAUUCCAUCGAAUAUUCUGCUGAAAAGGCUCAAGCCUCAUGUGUGGUUGUCGUUUUGUAUGGGCAUGUUUGGAUUCGUUAUGGUGAUGCAGGGCCUGGUACAGAAUUGGGGUGGUCUGAUGGCUACUCGUUUCUUUCUAGGUCUGUUUGAGACUGGCAUGUUUCCUGGAUGCUUCUAUCUAAUGUCAUGCUGGUACACCCGCGGCGAAGCCCAAAAACGCUUCUCCUUCUUCUUCGCCUCCACCACUCUCGCUGGCGCAUUCGGCGGCGUCCUGGCCUACGGAAUCGGCAAAAUGAACGGUAUCCGAGGCUACAAGGGCUGGCGCUGGCUUUUCAUUCUCGAGGGAUUGUUGACUAUAGUUAUUGCCGUUAUAUGGUUUUGGACGCUGCCCGAUUUCCCGGAAACGGUCAGUUGGAUGAAUGAGGAAGAGCGGGCUUUUAUCAAGGCGAAACUGGAGAAGGAUACUGGUAAAUCGGCGCAUGGGCAAUCCAUUACUUGGAGGAAUGCAUUGGCAGUUUUUAAGGAUUACAAGAUCUUUGUUGGUGGGCUGGCAUAUUUUGGGCUUAUUGUUCCGGCUUAUGGUUAUGCCUACUUUGCCAACUCCAUCAUCAGAAGCUACGGCUAUAGUCCUCUCACGACGCAAUUAUAUUCCGUCCCUCCCUGGGCUGCUGCUUUUGGAUUCUCCCAAUUAAUCGCCUACUUCUCCGACAGACUGCGCCAUCGAUUCUUAUUCACCGUCGUACCAAUCUGUAUCACACUGGUAGGUUUAGCCAUGCUACUCAACAUCCACCAUAAACGACAUGUCGAGUACGGAGCAUUAUUCUUGGUCACUGCGGGCACUUAUUCUGCAAUGCCCGUAGUCGUUUGUUGGUUUGCGAUGAAUCUAGGUGGACAUACGAGGAGAAGUGUCGGAACAGCCUGGCAAGUUGGAUUCGGUAACAUUGGCGGAAUCAUCGCUACAUAUUCCUUCCUCUCAAAGGACGCACCAAACUAUCGAAACGGUUUCAUCAUUUGUAUUUCUUUUACAUGUUUGUCAGCUGCAGCUUGUAUUGUGUACUGGCUCGCGCUGUGGCAUGCGAACCGUCAGCGCGAUCGCAACUCCGCGAGUGGUCAAGUGACUGAGGAUGAGGAUAAGACGGAGGAACUGGGCGAUUUGGCGCCUAGCUAUAGAUAUAUUUACUAGGCAAUUACUAAAAGUGCUAGUUGCGCUCAUAUAUAAUCAGAUAUAAAUCAUUUUGGCUCUGACCUUGCUCAGAAGCUUAGCCUGAUUG